AUGGCUGCCCCCGCAUACGUCAGGUCGCCCUUUGGCGCCCUGAAGAGAGCCAAGAUAUCACCGCCGACGGCUGUGCCGUGCCAGCGCUUCUACAACAACACGCUCGAGGGCUUCAGGUUAUCCAACAUCGAUGUGGAAGAUACGGCAAAGAAACACGGCCUGAGGCUGCCACCAACCGAACAGAUCGCGGACAUUUCCACCGAGACAAAAAAGGCGCUGGAGGACAUCCGCCGGCCACGCAACAUCGAAGCCAUCUUCAAGCGGCCGCUCCGCCGCCCCGCACAAUAUGGCAUCCCCGUCUGCGACCUGCAGCUGCGCACCUUCAGCGUGCGCAACCUCGAGUUCUUCGCCGACUUCGCGCUGCGCGCCGCCUACUACCUCGGCCUGGCGGCCAAGGGCCCCAUCCCGCUGCCCCGCAUCGUCGAGCGCUGGACGGUGCCGCGCGCCAACUUCGUCUUCAAGAAGUCGCAGGAGAACUACGAGCGCAUCACCCUGCGCCGCUUGAUCCAGAUCCAGGACGGAGACCCGGAGGCGGUCAAGAUGUGGCUGGCUUUCCUGCAGAAGCACCAGUACUACGGUGUGGGUAUGAAGGCCAACGUCUUCGAGUUCGAGAAGCUGGACGUCGGUAAGGCGAUGGACGAGCGGGCGCAGAAGGAGCAGGAUCUGGUGGAUGAGUCCUGGAAGGGCUUCGGUCGGAGGAAGGACGCGCCCGAGCAGACUGAGGAGCUGCUUGAGAUGAUCAACGCGGAGCCGGUGAGGAAGGCGGGUACGGACAUGCCAAUGGGCAGGACUUCAUGGGAAAAAUGA